GAAGCACACAAUUUCGACGACGAAAACAGAUCGAGAACCUUCGACGAAAAAUUCACCUUCGCGACAGAGCCGGUCCAUCAGCCAUACCAUUCUAUCCAGCACCAUGGCGUCGCCGUCGCAUGAUGAUGAAGAUGAAGAGCUUUCUGAUGCCACCAUUCAAAGCGCCAUUGACGAACUGUUGCCCAAAGUGGAUUUGGCCACGACGGGCGUCAAGAAAUUUCGCAAAUUAUUGAGCAAGCAUUUGGGCGGCAUGGAUUUGACCAGUCGCACCAAGUUCAUCACGGCGGCAUUGACCAAGGCCAUUAACGACAUGGAAGACAAUGAGAGUGACGAAGAAGCGAGCAGUAGUGAAGACGAGGCUCCGCAAAAGACUGUCAAAAAGAAAAAAGGCGGUCUGCAAGCACCGAAAGAAUUGUCUCCCAAAUUGGCCAAGUUUCUCCACGCGUCCGAAUUGUCGCGUCCGCAAAUUGUCAAGGGACUAUGGGACUAUAUCAAGGAACACGACCUGCAAAAUCCCGACAAUCGCAAAGAGAUUCUCUUGGAUGCCAAAAUGAAAAAAGUCUUUGGCUGUGACAAAUUCACCAUGUUCUCCAUGAACAAGUACAUUAGUCAUCAUUGUCAUCCCUUUCCACCCCUCGAUUUAUCUUCCAAAAGCAAAAAGACUCCUCCCAAACGCAAGGCAUCAUCGAAAGACGACAAGAGUGGCAAAAAGAAACAAAAAGGCACACAACCUCCGUGGCGACUCUCGGAUGCACUGGCGGAUGUCUUGGGCGUCGACACGUGUGCGCGACCCCAAGUCGUGUCCAAAUUGUGGGAUUACAUCAAAGCCAAUGAGUUGCAAAACCCAAACGACAAGCGCGAAAUUCUCUGCAAUGACAAGUUGAAAAAGAUCUUUGACAAUCAUCAAACCGUCACCAUGUUUAGUAUGAACAAAUUCAUUAGCAAGCAUCUGUUGGAGAAGGUGUAAAUAAGGAAUUGGAGGAGUAAACAAACAAAAGGAAAAAGAGAAACAUUCAUAUAUUACAAAAAGAGAAACGAAACGCGAGACAAAGCAAUCGUUCGGUCUCAUCAUCCUUAUCAAUGGUCGGGGCGAACACAACAAACAAGGAAAAGAAGGAAUACAUUUAGUUGAUAAAUCAUAAUAAUCAUAAAUAUAGAAAAAUGGCAAUAGGC